UAUCGCUGUGCCAUGUUAGAGCCUGGCAACCCUGGACUAGCUACCAUUUUGCAAAAGAUUUUGCUCAACACGUGUUCCCCGCGAGUUUCAUUGGCUUUAUAUUAAUAAAUUAGCAGAAAUGGCUGAGGAAUCUUUCUACGGAGUUACUCUGACCGCCGAUAGCAACAGUGUGACGUGGGACUACGAUGAGGAUUACGCCCGGGGCCAGAAGCUGGUGAUCAAACAAAUUCUGCUGGGCGCCGAGGCCAAGGAGAAUGAGUUCAACGUGGUCGAGGUGAACACAGUGAAGGAUUCCGUGCAGAUCCCAAUCGCCGUGCUGAAGGCCGGAGAGACGCGCGCCGUCAAUCCCGAUGUCGAGUUCUACGAGUCGAAGGUGGUAUUCAAGCUAAUCAAGGGCAGCGGACCCGUCUACAUCCACGGCCACAACAUCAAGGACGAUGUGGAGGUGGUCGACAUGGAGGAGGAGGAGGACGAGGACGAUGUCGCCGAGGAUGAGGAGGAUGAGCAUCCGAAGAAGCGUGCCAAGAUCGAGAAUGCCGCCGAUGCUAAAAAUAACAAAAACAACAAGAAGAAGUAAACAGCAUGAUGCCGCCAAUCAUCCAUCGAUGUUUAAGCUAUGCACCUGUAGAUUUUAAAGGAAAACAACAGUUUUAGGCCCUAUAUUACAGUACGAUGCUGCUACUAGUUCCUUUCGAAGAACAGCACUCCUUUUACCCUUCAAUUCAAAGACAACGUUGUGUGCUCAGUUCGUAUUCUAUUCCCUUUCCGCAAGCGAAAAGUCUUUGAACUCAAGGUUGAGUUUCUGCUGACUGCUGCGGCGAAUACGCAACCUCUGAACUCACAGAUUUGUAUAUAUAAUUAACUAAAGCUAAGCCGGACUUCCUGUACGCGCCUCCUUCAUAUUUUUGCAGUAUGAAAAUAAACUGUCGUCGGAAUAAAAUUUCAAA